CUACAUUUUCAGACAGGUAACCCGCCGCGUUGUCUAGCUACUACUAGUAAAGUAGUGCGCAGUGGAAACAAACCGUGUCACAGCCGGAUAGACGGAUUUUGACGGGGUUUUCGGCCGGUGGAGAAGUGACCGCUACGUGGCCGUUAUUAUUCGUUUAUUAUAUUUUGGAAAAGGGAAAGCGAGUUUGCGGCAAAGGUGUUACCCAGCCCGGCGGCGGAGGGAUCUCACCGGGAGGCGCUGUACACCGGCACCCAAAUACUAGGAGUUAAGAGGCGUCUGUGUCAGUAAUAGAGCUCAGAGCUGGGAGGGCGGCGGUGUGAGCGGCUCCCUGGAUUAUCACUGACACCCCGGAUUAUAGACUCCUCUGUCAUGGACGUGUGACCACCUACCUAACUACCCACCUACCUGACUGUGGAGGACAUUAGUGGGCACCGGCCGGCACAUCGCUCUAUUUCUCCUCAGGAUUUCCCUACAAACAUGCUACUCUCUAAAUUCGGCUCCUUGGCACACAUGUGUAGUCCGACCAGCGUGGAUCACUUACCGGUGAAGAUUCUCCAGACAGCUACAGCACGGGGCGGGCACUUACCGGCCUCCCACCCUGGAUCCCCGGCACCCCCACUCUUCAUUUCUCCUCUCCUUACAGUCAAGCCGGACAAGGAGCCAUUCGAUAAGGUGUACCAGGUGGGGGCUGUGCUGGGCAGCGGGGGCUUCGGGACCGUCUACACCGGGAGCAGGAUCGCUGAUGGACUGCCGGUCGCAGUAAAACAUGUUGCAAAGGACCGAGUGACAGAUUGGGGAACCUUGAAUGGAGUCAUGGUGCCCUUGGAGAUCGUCUUGCUGAAAAAAGUCGGCUCCGGCUUCCGAGGUGUCAUUAAGCUGCUAGAUUGGUACGAGAGAGCGGAUGGAUUCCUCAUCGUCAUGGAGAGACCAGAGCCGGUGAAGGACUUGUUUGAUUUCAUCACGGAGAAGGGGGCUCUGGAUGAGGACACUGCUCGGGGCUUCUUCCGCCAGGUUCUGGAGUCUGUACGGCACUGCUAUAGUUGUGGGGUGGUUCACAGAGAUCUCAAAGAUGAGAACCUGCUUGUGGAUCUGAGGACUGGCGAGCUCAAGCUCAUAGACUUUGGCUCUGGUGCGCUGCUGAAGGACACAGUCUACACUGAUUUUGACGGAACACGAGUAUACAGUCCUCCAGAAUGGGUGAAAUACCACAGAUAUCAUGGAAGAUCAGCAACUGUGUGGUCGUUGGGUGUUCUUCUUUAUGACAUGGUGUGUGGGGAUAUCCCUUUUGAACAAGAUGAGGAAAUUUUACGAGUCCGCUUAUACUUCAGGAGAAGAAUUUCCCAAGAGUGCCAACAACUUAUCAAAUGGUGCCUUUCACUGAGGCCUUCUGACCGACCAACACUUGAACAGAUUUUUGAUCAUCCGUGGAUGUGCAAGGGUGACCUAGUGAAAUCUGAGGACUGUGAUUUAAGACUAAGGACAAUUGACACAGAUGCAUCCAGCACAAGUUCAAGCAACGAGAGUCUGUGAGAAGAUGAAGAAAAACUCACUGGGAGGGGAACGUGAAGCAGAAAGUUGUGCUGCUGCCAAUAACUACCGAGGAGGGGCGUACAUUCACUACUCUAUAGUCAAAUCUUUAUACAGGAAUUUUUCUUUUCUGUCAGCAUUUUUGCGGUUAUCUCCGUGGAUUGAGACUUUAAUUUGGACAAUAUUUUCUGAGAGUUGUAGGCCAAUGCUUACACAAAUGGACUGACCUUAUUUACAUAAGAAAAAGCAGUGACCUCUGAGUACAUAGUAUACUGUUUGCUCUCAUAGAGCCUGGACUAGAUUUUUAUUUGCUUUUUGAGUGCCUUUUUUUGAAAGCUGCUUAAGUGGGACUUUUCUGUUUUGUGUGCGUGGGUUUUUAUUUUAUAUUUUGUUUUCUUCCAUUUGGGGCUGUGUAUGUCCAAAGAAAAUCCAUUACCAUGGGCCUUGCCGGUCUUAUUGGAACAGCUCUGCCUGUAUCGGUUGCAUUCAGCAAACUUGAGCAAUUUUUUUUUAUUUUGCGGUGAUAAGGCAUGAUUGCUAGUUUUUAUAAACCAUUCCUUUCACAAAGUACUUCUUGCAGCCUGUACUGUAAUUUUGAACAGGAAUGCAGUGGUUUUAUUUUCUAACAUCUCCUAUAUCAUUUAUUCCACUUUCAUCUCUACCACUGGGCAACACAGGACCAUUCUCCAAAACAAUGUCAUCCCACAAGUCUUAAGUGUGUAUGGGCAUGUUCAAUGCACAAUCAAUGCAAUAUUAAGGACUUUUACUUUAUUCCAUAUCUGUAUUUAAACUUGUUUUCCUUGUAAUAUACAGUUAUUUAUUGCGA